UGGAGAUCCCAAGCUUUUUUUAAAAAAAAAAAAAAAAAAAAAGUGAUAUGGCAUAAUUUUAAAGGAGUUUUCUUUACUCGUUACUCUCUCUCCUACCUAGUACCUCCUCCAGUACUACCUUCGCAAUCAUUCUCAUCUACCCUUCUUCCCUGCUCAACUCCUCUUCCUUCCAUGUCCGGCACCGAACCAUCGCUUUCGGCCGCUCAAUCGACGGUCAUCAUCCCCUCCCUCUCAGACGACGUCGCUUUGAACUGUCUGGCUCGAAUCCCGAGGUGGCACCACCCAACCCUCUCCCUCGUUUCCAAAUCCUUUCGUUACCUCCUCUCUUCCCCGCUCUUCUUCAGCGCUCGCUCGCUCCUCCACUCCACCCAACAUUUCCUCUACCUCACCCUCCGCUCUCACAACCUCCAAAACCCCUCCUCCUGGGUUACUUUCUACAAACGACACAAUUCAGUCCCAAAUGACACCAACUUCCAGACCCUCGUCGUCCCUCUUCCGCCAAUCCCCUCCCCAUCGAUCGGCUCCGCCUACGCCACCCUGGGUCCCAAGAUCUACGUCCUCGGCGGCUCAAUCAAUGACGCCCCCACCUCCCACGUGUGGGUUCUCGACUGCCGCUUCCACACGUGGGAGCCCGGCCCCAGCAUGCGGGUGGGCCGGGAAUUUGCUGCCGCGGGAGUCGUCGAAGGUAAGAUCUACGUGAUGGGAGGUUGCCUGGUGGACUCGUGGGCUAGGGCAGCUCACUGGGCGGAAGUGUUCGACCCGGUCGUCGGGCGCUGGGAGGCCGUUCAGAGCCCAAUUGAGGUCCGGGACAAGUGGAUGCACGCGAGCGCCGUGGUGGGUGGGAGAAUCUACGCUAUGGCGGACCGAGGAGGGGUUGUGUACAACCCGAUGAGGAAGGAGUGGGAAAGAGUGAGUGGCGACCUGGACAUGGGUUGGAGAGGCAGGGCUUGCGUGGUGGAUAGGGUGUUGUAUAGCUACGAUUAUCUGGGGAAGAUUAGGGGGUUUGAUGUUGGGAAUGGGGAAUGGAACGAGCUCAAGGGGGUGGAUAAAGGGCUGCCUAAGUUCUUGUGUGGGGCAACAAUGGCGAAUGUGGGUGGUAGGCUGGUCGUGGUGUGGGAAGAGAAGGGUAAUACGAAUGAGAAUGAGAAUGUGAGAGGGAGAGAGAUGGAUAUAUGGUGUGCUGAGAUUGAAGUGACGAAAAAUGGGGAUUGGGAUCUGUAUGGGAAGAUUAAUUGGUCAAAAAAGGUUCUUUCGGUUCCCUUUGGGUCGUCCAUUGUCCAUUGCACCGGGGUUUCCUUGUGAUAAGGGAAGUAAAACAAUAAAUUGGGCCUCAUGCUGCUGGGCACUAAUCUGUCAGUAGUGAAUGGCAAGUUCAUGGAAUAACCAACUUUCAGAUCAAGUCAGAUGACUUGCUUCUCACAAUUUCGUGAUUGCAGACAAGGAGAUGCAAAAUAUUCUCCAUGUACACCAUUGUAAUUAUUGUUUUUCUUUCUAGGUUUGUGUAUUGUAUAUAAGUAGGAGUUCAAUUAAAAAAAAAAUACUCUUGGGCACUGUUUGUGAUAAUUAAGGAGUACGAAAGAUGGUGUUUAGAAACUUCAAAGGUAAACCCGGAUGCCUUAUUUGAAAAUUGAAAUGUAUCUUAUUGUUUCUUACA